UUCUCCAAGUGCUACCAGCAGGGGGAGCGAGCCCGACUUCCAACUACCGGUAGUUCCCCACGAGUAUCCAGCAGGGGGAGUCCGGGUGUCUGGUCACGUGACUCUGGGGCCUGCACUCGCUGGCUAGCCGACUGAAAGGGAAGAGGCAAGAUGGCGGUGGAGGCGGCGGGCGCCGUGGAACGGGGCCCUAGGAACUCGGUCUGAGCCCGUCCGUCCGUCUCCGCAGUGCAAGGUACUUCCGCAACCACACACCUCAACCAAGCCGCCCCUCCCAGAUAAAAAAUGAGGGGCCGCCGGGGCAGGCCGCCUAAGUGCCCUGUGUUACCCGACAGCUCCCCGGGGCCCACCGCUGGCCUAAGGUCCCGCCUCCGGGGCAGCAGCAGAGGCCGCUGGGCACCAGAGAACCAAGGGACUCCCCGCAACAAUAGUAGAAUCAGCUCCCCUCCCUCCAGCAGCUCCCCUCGCGGUCGGAGGCGCAGGAAGGCCGGCACGGGCCCUGGAAGGGGUAGGGGUCGAGGUAGUCCCAGAGCAGGAGCCCGGAGAAGCUUGUGCAAGGUGGUAUAUGAUGAUCAUGAGAGCGAAGAGGAGGAGGAUGGGGAACCGGGGGGCCGCAGGGACAGUGAGGAGGAGCUGGAGGCAGACGAGGAGCCAGAAGAGGAGGAGGAUAUGGAGGACUCGGACUAUCAACAGGAGCUGGAGGAGGAUGAAGAUGAUGCCAGUUACUGCACCGAGAGCAGCUUUAGGAGCCACAGCACGUACAGCAGUACCCCAGGAAGGCGAAAACCUAGAGUUCAUCGCCCUCGCUCCCCAAUAUUUGAGGUGAAAGACAUUCCUCCUUUGGAAUUUCCCAAGUCCGCAGAAGACUUACUGUUGCCCAGCGAGCACUUAAUGAAUGUGGUUGCCAUCUAUGAAAUUCUUAGGAACUUUGGCACUGUUUUACGCCUCUCACCUUUCCGCUUUGAGGACUUUUGUGCUGCCCUUGUAAGUCAGGAACAAUGUACGCUAAUGGCAGAAACUCAUGUGGCACUUUUGAAAGCCGUUCUACGUGAGGAGGACACGUCAAACACAACUUUUGGACCUGCUGAUCUUAAAGAUAGUGUGAAUUCCACAUUGUACUUAAUAGAUGGUAUGACGUGGCCAGAAGUGCUGCGAGUGUACUGCGAGAGCGACAAAGAGUAUCAUCAUGUGCUUCCAUACCAGGAGGUAGAAGAGUACCCCUAUGGACCAAUCGAAAGUAAAGUACAGGUUCUUCUUUUUUUAGUAGAUCAGUUUCUUACUACCAACAUGGCCCGAGAGGAAUUAAUGUCCGAGGGGGUGAUCCAAUACGAUGAUCACUGUCGGGUUUGUCAUAAACUAGGCGACUUGCUUUGCUGUGAGACAUGCUCUGCCGUCUACCACUUGGAGUGUGUUAAACCCCCUCUGCAGGAGGUUCCAGAAGAUGAGUGGCAGUGUGAGGUGUGUGUAGCACAUAAGGUGCCUGGAGUGAACGACUGUGUUGCUGAAAUCCAAAAAACCAAACCGUAUAUCAGGCACGAACCGAUCGGCUAUGACCGGAACAGACGGAAAUACUGGUUUCUCAACAGACGGAUCAUUAUAGAGGAAGACUCUGAGACUGACAAGAAGAUCUGGUACUAUAGCACCAAGGUCCAGUUAGCAGAAAUGAUCGAAAAUCUAGAUAAGAAUUACUGGGAAGCAGAUCUCUGUAAAUCCCUGGAUGAGCUGCAGGAAGAAAUCCACAGGCACAUGGAUAUAACUGAGGAACUUACUAACAAAGCUCGGGGAAACAACAAGUCCUACCUUUCUGUGGCCAAUGAGGAAAUAUUGGAGAAAAUGAAAGCUAAGCAAAGUCCAUUGGAAGAACAGAAACCAGAAGAGAAUGUGGCUGGUGAAACUCUGAAGUGUACAGAAGAUGAAAAACCAAAAGCAGAGACAGAAAAAGCAGAUUCCACUGAUGAAGGCAAAACAACUGUACAGGACUCUGUUUCUAUAGAGUCAGGCACCAACCCUGCUGAAUCUGCUGCUGCUGAAAAGGUACCAUCUUCAGGGGCAACAGAAGACUGCAGCAAAGUGGCAGCAGCUGAAAAGGACACAGAUAAGUCUUCCUCUACUGCUCAGCCAGCUCUUCAAGCUUGCAGAGAAGAUGGAAGCAGGAGUACAACUUCACAGGACUCGCCCUGCACCAAGAAUGAACCCAGGAAACACAGUGACAACACUGAGAGCCCUGAGGACAGACACAGCCCUUCUUCUGUUAAUCCUGAUGAAACAGCGCCAACAGAAGUAAAAUCAGAGAAGAUCAGCUCGGAGCACGGCGAUUCUUUGGGCAUAGGGAAAGCAUCCUCACGCAUGGUGACCAGAUUAAGGAACCCAGACAGCAAGUUAAGUCUGCUGAAGAACCAUCAGGUGUCAUCUGCAAUCCAUGAAGCAAAUAAGAUUUUUAAGGAAGGCAGAGAGGUUCUGGUGGUUAACUCUCAAGGUGAAAUCUCCCGCCUGAGUACCAGGAAAGAUUUGAUCAUGAGGGGCACCCUGAGUCAUUAUUUCAAACUGGGCCAGGAGGGCAAAUACCGCGUAUAUCACAAUCAGUACACCACCAAUUCUUUUGCACUGAACAAACACCAGCACAGAGAAGACCAUGACAAAAGAAGACACUUGUCGCACAAGUUCUGCAUGUCACCCCUGGGCGAGUUCAAAUGGAAUGGGUCUGUACACGGAUCCAAGGUACUGACCGUCUCCACAUUGAGACUGACCAUAGUGCAACUCGAAAAUAAUAUCCCAGCAUCUUUCCUUCACCCUAACUGGGCUUCUCACAGGUCAAAUUGGACAAAGGCAGUUCAGAUGUGUAGCAAACCCAGAGAAUUUGCACUUGCCAUAGCUAUCCUGGAGUGUGCAAUUAAACCUGUUGUCAUACUACCAAUAUGGAGGGAUUGUUUAGGUCACACAAGGCUACGUAGAAUGACCUCUCUGGAGAGGGAGGAAAAGGACAAGGUUAAGAAAAAGGAGAGAAAGCAAGAGGAUGAGGAGAGUAUGCAGCAGGCAACAUGGGUGAAGUACUCAUUCCCUGUGAAACACCAGGUUUGGAAACAAAAAGGAGAGGAAUACAGAGUCACUGGCUAUGGAGGCUGGUGCUGGAUCAGUAAAACACACGUAUCUAAAUUUGUUUCUCGGUUUCCUGGAAACACAAAUGUCUUCUAUAAGAAACACCUUGUAAAGGGCAGAGAAAAGGCUGAAAGUCUGCCAUCAUUAGACAAAAUGAAUAGCCUGGAAAAAAUGAAACUAGAAGAUAGUGUAAAGCUUGAGGAGUCUGAGAAUGGUAUGAUGGAAAAUUCCAAAGGCAUAUCCAAUCCAAUGGAUUCAAAGGACCAAAUGAAAAAAGAGGAAAGUGAAAAAGAAGAGAAGAUGGAAGUUGAUUUCACACCUACUGAGAAAGUCCCUGCAAUUAACAAAGAUCAUAAAGAGUUGCACUGUGAAACCAAUAAUACAAUUAAGGAAGAACCAAUGGAAGUGGACGAAACCAAAUCUAAAGCUUGUAAGAAAGAGGAAGAGACUUUUCCUGAUGCAGAUUUAAUCAAUGUUAGUGAGGGCUUCCAGGCAAGAACUUGGUAUAAAAAGAAAGUAAAAACAUCAAGGUUAGAUGGGCUGCUUGAAAGGCGUGUCAAGCAGUUUACACUGGAAGAAAAACAGCGGAUAGAAAAAUUAAAAUUGGAGCAUGCUGCCAAGAAUGUCACAAGUUUUUCACACACUCAACCGCAAAACAUUUCCAAUAGCAGCAAGUCACUCUACAACCAAGAUAAAGAGGCAUCUGCUACCCAUGGGGGUAGCUUAGACAAGACAGAAAUUCCAAAACCUAAUGAGAACUGUAAAGAUACUGGUGGUACUAAACCCAACACACUGUCCUCGGGUAUGCUCCCUGAAGCCGAGGCCAGAAAAAGCAGUUCCUUAUCUGUUCCCAGUCUUCAAAGACCGCAACAAACAGAGAGUAUUGAAAACAAAGCUAAUGUAAUACAAAGGGAAGGAAAUGAAAGAUGCUCAGAAGCUCAAUGGUCCGCACAGGCAACUGAAUUCAAUUCUUCAAAGUCAGAAAAUCACAGUCAAACAGGGGAAAUCCAUUCUCCUGUAAUUGCUUCAGAAGGUGAAGGAUUAAAUAAAGACAUUUCUGGAAAUUUCUCUGUGGUAAAUGAUGCCAGAACUAGCAGUAUACUGUCUUCUCCAGUGAUACCUGCACACAGUGCAGAAAACUGUCCUGAAAGCUGUUUACCCAAUAAAGAAGCAUCUGAAUUCAAGUGUCAGACAGUGGAGCAUUUAACUGAAAAGCCAAAUGCCCUAGUUGGGGACGAGGAGAUGGAUUGUAAUUUAACACAAAGAAAAAGUGUUGAGGAAAGUCAUUCAUCUGAUGACUGUAGUAGUAAGGAUGAAAGCAUCAAAAGUGAACUUGCAAUAUCUGAGACUUCAGAUGAAAAAAUAAAUUGCUCAAAAUCUCUGGCCUGCAAGUCACUGUGUGAUGUAUUAGAUUCUCCAAACCCCACAGUUAAUGGAGACCAGCCAGGUAGAGAUGAGAAUCUGGAUGGGGAUGGUAUUAACUUUUUGGACCAUACCAGUGAGAGAGACCAACAUUGCAAUAAGAAGGACAAACAUGUAAUACAAAAAAAUGGUACAGAGGAAAUCAUAGCAUCUCGGGUCAAUGGAAAUGAUGUGAAUUCUAAUGAGUGCUUAGCUAGUGAUAGAAAGGCUGAGAUCAGGAGUGUUCGGGGGAUUGAGCCAAAGGCAAACAACAUCUCAAAAAUUGUCUCUGAACGUGAUGUUAAAUCAAAGGUAUCCACAGGAAAACCUCUUAUGAACGGGGACAUGAGCACUGAAGAUGCACAAAAUUCUAGAUUUUUUGAUGGGGAAUUAAAAGAAAUGUUGCAUUUUGAUGAGGAGAAGUUAUCGCAUUCGAAAGAGUUUGUCUCUGAGGAAAAAUCUCUUGAUUUUACUGGAAUAACCUCUCCAUCCUCAAGCACAAGAGACUGUUUGCCUGGUGCCAAAGAAGCCAUGGAAACAGAACGGAUACAAAAAACAAGUCUUUCUUCUGUCUCAUCAAGGGAAGAUUCUAGUUUGAGCAGUGAUUUUGCCAACCAUAAUGGUGUGCACUCCGACUCUAGUGGAGAAAAGCAAAUCACGACUGUUAUUACCCAAGUUACCACAACGUCAACCAUGUCUGUAUCUAAGACGGUUGUUGAAAUGUCGUGUCAGUCUUCUAACGGAGCUGGGACAACUAUUGUUUCAUCCACGGAGAAUACUUCCAUUUCCAGUAUGACUAAAACCACUACCAUGACAAAAGUAACUUCCCCUGAUCCAAACUCUGUUACUGAAGUGGUGUCUGUAAAGGAGCAAAAUAAAGCCGUUGUGACCACAACUGUUACAGAUUCGUUGAACACUUCUGGUGGGACCAUUCUGUCCUCUCUAACUGUGAGCAAAGAAUAUUCCACAAAAGACAAAGUUAAACUGAUUAAAUUCACCAAGCCUAAAAAGAUGCGCUCAGGAACAGCUCUCCCUUCUUACAGAAAGUUUGUUACCAAGAGUAACAAGAAGAGUAUCUUUGUCUUGCCAAACGAUGAACUGAAAAAGCUCUCUCGGAAAGGAGGUAUUCGAGAGGUUCCUGGAUUCAAUUAUAAUGCCAAACCUGUGCAGGAUAUUUGGCCCUAUCCUUCCCCCAGACCAACAUUUGGGAUUACAUGGAGAUAUCGCCUUCAAACAGUAAAGUCAUUGGCUGGUGUGAGUCUCAUGCUGCGCUUGCUGUGGGCAAGUAUACGAUGGGAUGACAUGGCAGCUAAGCCCCCUCCAGGUGGAGGGAUAACAAGAACAGAAACCUCUGAAACAGAGAUUAUAACCACUGAGAUCAUCAAGAGGAGAGAUGUUGGUCCGUAUGGGAUACGAUCAGAAUAUUGUAUUAGGAAGAUCAUUUGCCCUAUGGGUGUUCCAGAGGCACCAAAAGAAUCUCCUAUUCCCCAGAGGAAGGGGCUUCGAUCAAGUGCCCUGAGGCCCAAAAGACCAGUAAUCCCUAAGCAGACAGGUCCUAUCAUUCUAGAGACUUGGGUCCCUGAGGAGGAACUGGAGAUAUGGGAGAUCAAAUGCUUUUCGGAAAGGGUGGAGAAAGAAAAGGUCCAGGCUGUGGAGCAGCAGGCUAAGGUUAGUGAUCAGAAGAAGUCAGAGGAGAUGAAGGCCCAAGUGGAGGCUCAGCUAAAGCAACAGCGCUUGACCGCUCAGCAGAAACGACUGGAGCAGCAGAAGCAGCUGCCUUGCACGAGCAAUACAUCUAACACCUCCACCAGCAGCAGCAUUGCAAAUUCUUUCUCCACUCCCCACAAAGUGAUGGUAGGAUCCGUUACCCCUGGAACCAAAGUUGUUCUUGCAACAAAGGUCAGCUCUCCAGCAGCUGUGACAUUCCAGCAGAGCAAGAACUUUCACCAGACGUUUGCAACUUGGGUUAAGCAAGGCCAGACUACUACAGCCCCCAGCACAAACGUUACAUCCAGUCCUACCAUCACUACAUCGGGCCAGACCUACCAGAUUACUGGCAGCCCAGUUACUAUGGCUGGCAAAGUCAUCACAAAGCUUCCUCUGCCAGUUAAUAGUAAGCUAGUUGCAGUAAAUGUACCAUCAACCCAAGGAGCAGUAGUUCAGGUGCAGCAAAAAGUACUGGGACUCAUUCCUACCAAUGCAGGAGGACAGCAGACGUUUACAACCUUCCAGCCUCGGACAGCAACUAUUGCAAUUCGACAGAGCACACCAGGGACUACUUGUGCUACAACCACCAGCCAGCAGGUAAUAACUGCAGGGGCCCAGAUAAGACCAGGGAUGGCAGUUAUCAGGACCCCAAUUCAGCAAUCUCCAGUGGGGAAAAGCUACAUACGUGCACCACUUGUUGUACAGCAGGGGAUGCUUCCCUCAGGGCAACCUCAGCAGGUUGUAACUCAGCUUGUAAGAGGCCAGCCUGUCCCCACCACUGUGGCUGCUGGCACCACAGUUUCUAGUGGGGCACAUAAUGUUAGCACAUCAAUACAACAGCCACAGGCCACCACUCCUCAGGCUGCCAAACCCCAGCAAGGACAAGUAAAGCUGACAAUGGCACAGCUAACACAACUUACUCAAGGGCAGGGUGGUGGACAGAGCCUCACUGUUGUUGUUCAGGGGCAGGGACAGACUACUGGCCAAUUGCAGUUGAUUCCUCCAGGGAUGACCAUCAUUCCAUCCCCUGGGCAACAGCUAAUGCAGGCAGCCAUGCCAAACGGCACCAUCCAGCGGUUCCUCUUCACUCCAUUACCUGCAGCAUCCUCAGCAACCAGCACAACCCAGACGCUGACCCCUUCUGCUUUCUCAGCAGUGUCUGGACAGACGCCUUCCUCUCAGAAUCUGGGGCAGAACAGCCAAACUCCAGCUCCUCCAUUGGCCCCUUCCAAGGCAACCUGCCCACCACUGGCCCUAGACCAAGAAAAGACUGCUACGGUGCCCUCUGAAGCAAUUGCCAAGGCUCAGAUCCCAACAUCCUCUCCACAACCAGCUCAUGUGUCAGUGACAUCUCCAGCCUCUACUCAGCCUAGCGCGGCAUCUCCGUGUGAGCUACAGCCUCCUGUCACCCCUCAGCCCCUUGCCCAUCUGCAGGCUAACACACAUCUACCCUUGGAACAGCCAAGGGCUGAUACUUCACAGCAUAGGGAAACUAUUUCUGGCCAGCCUGAAACAAAAGCUUCAUGUCAAGUUUCUGUAUCACAGGCUCUUCCACAAGUCACACCACAGUCACCAAUUCAGAGCCGGCCUCAGACCCAGACUAUACCCCUGGCGCAAGGCCAGGGUCCGCAAACUGUUCAAAUGACACUGCCAGCUUCCUUCAAAAUUCAGUCUACUGUACAACUGCAAGCACCAGCCCAACCACAGAGCCACAUGCAGACUAUUGCAGCCAAUCAGGCAGUGACUGUUCAGUCCCCUUCCCGAGCACAGUUGCAUAUUCAACCUCCACAUACCCAGGUAAUUACUGUCCCUCAGCUCCAGCAACAGGUGCAGGUCCUCUCCCACUUGCAAUCUCAUGUGGUAGCACAGAUACAGACACAGCCAGGUGGCAUUCCCCAGCAAAUUAAACUGCAGCUGCCCUUCCAAAUUCAGCAGGCUGGUUCAGUUCAGGCACAUCAGAUCCAGAAUGUGGUUGCUGUGCAGGCGGCCAGUGUGCAGGAGCAGCUGCAUAGGAUGCAACAGCUCAAAGAACAACAGCAAAAGAAAAAGCAGCAAGAAGUGAAAAGAGAGCAGAGCCUUCAUACUUCCAGCCAGAGUGAUAUUCAGAAACAGGUUGUAAUGAAGCAGAACGCUGCUAUAGAGCACUUGAAACAGAAGAAGACACUGUCCCCUCUGGAACGGGAAGAGAAUCAGAGGAUGAUCGUGUGCAACCAAGUGAUGAAGUGCAUCUUGGAUAAAAUCGACAAGGAGGAAAAACAAGCCGCCAAGAAGAGGAAGCGCGAGGAGAGUGUAGAGCAGAAGAGAUGCAAACAAAAUGCCAGCAAGCUCUCAGCCCUGCUGUUUAAGCACAAAGAGCAGCUCAAGGCAGAGAUUCUAAAGAAGAGAGCACUUUUGGACAAGGACCUACAGAUAGAGGUGCAGGAAGAACUAAAGAAAGAUCUUGACAAAAUACAAAAAGAGAAGGAGAGAGAGGAAGCUGCUGCCGCCGCCGCUGCAGCUGCUGCUGCGGCUGCCAUCCCAACUACACCACCAUUGCCCUCUCCUCCUCCACAAAACACACAGGGUGCAAACUCUCCAGUGGCCAUGUCACCUCCUGCAUCUUCCCACAAAAGGAAAAGAGACGAGGAUAAAGAGCCCAUCCCUUCUAAGUCCAAGAAGAAGAAAAUGAUUUCUACUACCUCAAAGGAAUCUAAAAAAGACAACAAGAUUUACUGCAUCUGCAAGACUCCGUACGAUGAAUCCAAGUUCUAUAUUGGCUGUGAGCUAUGUGGUAACUGGUUUCAUGGAGAAUGUGUUGGAAUCACAGAGAAAGAAGCCAAGAAAGUGGAUGUGUACAUCUGUAAUGAUUGUAAACGGCCACAAGAGGGCAACAGUGAGGAGUUGUAUUGUAUCUGCAGAACGCCUUAUGAUGAUUCACAAUUUUAUAUUGGCUGUGACCGUUGCCAGAACUGGUUUCACGGGCGCUGCGUUGGCAUUCUGCAAGGUGAAGCUGACUACAUUGAUGAAUAUGUGUGCCCGCAAUGCCAGUCAACAGAGGACGCCAUGACGGUGCUCAGUCCCUUAACAGACAAAGAUUAUGAAGGACUGAAGCGUGUUUUGCGAUCACUACAGUCUCACAAAAUGGCCUGGCCUUUCCAAGAACCUGUGGAUCCUGGAGAUGCGCCAGAUUAUUAUGGAGUUAUCAAGGAGCCAAUGGACCUCUCUACCAUAGAAGAACGGAUAAAGACCCGAUUCUACAAGAAGCUGACAGAAUUUGUAGCUGACAUGACCAAAAUAUUUGAUAAUUGUCGUUACUACAAUCCCAGCGAUUCCUUAUUCUAUCAGAGUGCGGAGGUUCUGGAGUCCUUCUUUGUUCAGAAGUUGAAGGCUUUUAAGGCAAGCAGAUUGUGAUUCUUUUAGUCUGAUCAUUUUAACUGGAAUUGCGCCUGGAUGUUGUCUCUCCAUGGUUAUGUUUUGGGGUUUUUUUAGUCACUGUCUUGGCAAAACAAUACAAGUCUCCCCCACCCCCUCCCAGCACUCGCCAUGUUAAGCUCCACCCAGUGGCGCAGUUUUUCAUCUUACAAGCGAAAGCCUUUCUUGCUCUUCAUGGCAAUACUGUAGUAAAGACAUGUGGCCAAGUGCCUGAGAUUGUAUUUUAUUGUACAAAAUUGGUGUUGUUCCUGAGUGGCUCAAAAGCCAAACAGCUCCCUGGCCACAAGUGUACAGUGCAGAAAUUAUUGUAAAAUAUUAUAUAUUUUUGUACAUAUAAUGUAUAAUGCAUUUGGAACCGUUAUCAGUUGUGGAAGUUUCUUUAGAUGAUCAGUAACUAUUUCCUUUAUUUUCCCCCCCGUUGACAUUUUGCCUGUGUCGCUUAUAUGAGGAGAUAUAAAUUGCGUUGGUUUGGCUGCACACAUUGGAGCGCUGGUGAUGCAUUUGGGCACAGCUGAUGCUUUUCAUUUACGGCUAUUUAUUGAGCUGUCUCGCCUUUAGAAACUCUGUUCCCUUUCCACUAGUUUUACCCUCAACGUUGUACAGAAGUGCGUGCAGAAGUGGGGUUAACACCCUUAUUUUGUGUGUUAUGCAGGUCUCACAACAAGAAGCUGCAGUCUCCAUCCUAAUAACAUAAAUGCUUAAAAACCCUCACACACGGCUGUCAGGAAUAUUGCUGGGCGUUUUUACUGUCAGGUUCUCCUGACCAUAAAGUUCCUGUGACGGUAUAGGAUUCUUAUUUUGUCCAAAGGACAAAGCACAGAAAAGGUGUGGGUGGGGGGGAUGUUUUUUUUUUAGCCCUUAUUUUUGUCCUCACGACAAAAAACAAAUUUAAUUUGAAUAAAGGAGGAAGAAAACCGCAAUCAAAGAGAUGGAGUUGAAGAGGCUCCAUGGAAAUGCCACGUUCGUUCUUCAGUGAAGAAGCUGGUUUAAAGUCCACAUUGAUACCUUUGACUGUGUUUAUUUAUUGUUGAAAAGAGACACUUUUUUAUUGCUGCCCUCGUCCACUAACUACUUUUUCUUAUUAAAACAAAAAAAAAUUAAGACAAAACAAAAAAAAAAAAAAUUUGCCCGCGGCCGAGCCUCAUCCAGUUGCAGAUUUGGUCCUGUCUUUUUCCCAUGAUUCCUAUUAGUAAUGUACAAGACCUGUCUUUUCUUUCUAUGAAAGGAGCUGCUAUCUGUACAAAGGUGCACCCCCAAAACUGUCCAGUUUGCGUACAGUGGGUUUCAAAUAAAGUCCAUUUAAAAUAAACUCAUGCUCUGUAUUGCGGACUAGAGACUUACAUCUAGGAGGAGUCUACACGUCCCAGACUGAAGAGAAGAAUCUAUUCGAAGGUAUCUUGUUUGUAAACAUUUGUCAGAUUAAACUUUUUUUUUUCCUUUUGUAUUAAAACUGAGAAUAUGUAUGUAUAUGAAACAAAAUAAAUGGAGAUGUAUUAUGCUCCCUAGAAACCUUG